AUGGCUGCUCGUCCCCAAAACAUCGGUAUCAAGGCCAUUGAGGUCUACUUCCCUACUCAGUGUGUUGAUCAGGUUGAGCUCGAGAAGUACGAUGGCGUCUCUGCUGGAAAGUACACCAUUGGUCUCGGACAGACCAAGAUGAGCUUCUGUGAUGACCGUGAGGACAUCUACUCCAUGGCCCUCACCGUCCUCUCCUCCCUCAUGAACAAAUACAACAUCGACCCCAAGUCCGUUGGAAGACUCGAGGUUGGCACUGAGACCCUUUUGGACAAGUCCAAGUCCGUAAAGUCCGUGCUCAUGCAGCUUUUCGCUCCUCACGGAAACACCAACAUUGAAGGUGUCGACAACGUCAAUGCCUGCUACGGUGGCACCAACGCCGUCUUCAACAGCAUCAACUGGCUCGAGUCCUCCGCCUGGGAUGGCCGUGAUGCUGUUGUGGUCUGCGGUGAUAUUGCCCUGUACGCUGCUGGUGCUGCCCGCCCCACUGGUGGUGCUGGCUGUGUUGCCAUGGUCAUUGGCCCCGAUGCCCCUAUCGUCUUCGAGCCCGGUCUCCGUGCCUCCUAUCUCACUCACGCUUACGAUUUCUAUAAGCCCGACCUCACCAGCGAGUACCCCGUUGUCGAUGGUCACUACUCCCUUCGAUGCUACACCGAGGCUGUCGAUGCCUGCUACAAGGCCUACGACGUCCGGGAGAAGACUUUGAAGAUUCAGACCAACGGUGCUACCGACGAGUCUCUGUCCCCUCUGGACCGCUUCGACUACAUCCUGUUCCACGCCCCUACCUGCAAGCUCGUCCAGAAGUCCUACGCUCGUAUGCUUUAUAACGACUACCUGGCCAACCCCUCGCACCCCGCUUUCGCUGAAGUUGCCCCCGAGCUCCGUGACUUGGACUACGAGAAGUCUCUUACCGACAAGGCUGUUGAGAAGACUUUCAUGGGUCUGACUAAGAAGCGUUUCGCCGAGCGUGUGAACCCUGGUCUCCAGGUCGCCACCCAGUGUGGUAAUAUGUACACUGCCACCGUAUACGGCGGUUUGGCCAGUCUUCUCAGCAACGUCGCUUUCGACCCCAAAGAGCCCAAGCGCAUUGGUCUCUUCAGCUACGGUUCUGGUCUGGCCAGCUCCAUGUUCAGCGCCAAGAUUGUCGGUGAUGUCUCCGGCAUGGUUGAAAAGCUUGACCUCCAGAACCGCCUGAACGCCCGCACUAUCCUCGAGCCUGUUGCGUAUGAUGCCAUGUGCAAGCUCCGUGAGCACGCCCACUUGAAGAAGGACUUCAAGCCCACUGGUAACAUUGAGACCAUUGGAUCCGGUGUCUACUACUUGACUGAGGUGGAUGACAUGUUCCGCCGCAAGUACGAGAUCAAGGCUUAA